UCUUCCCUGCAUUUUGCAAGUAUAAAGCUCGGCCGGCUACAUCUCCAUUUGCAUUGCAGAUUUGUAGGUGUCCUCCUCAACAGAUUGGAGAGAUGGCUGUUCUUCCUCUAGUUUUCUUGUGCAUCCUCGCGCUGGUUCUCCCAGGGUCGGUGGUGGGCGUCACGUUCCACGUAAACAACAAGUGCCCCUUCCCGGUGUGGCCGGCGGCGGCGCCCAACUCCGGCCACCCCGUGAUCGGCGACGGCGGCUUCUUCCUCCCGCCCGGCCAGUCGAAGCGCGUCAUGGCGCCGGCCACCUGGAACGGCCGCAUCUGGGGCCGCACCGGCUGCGACUUCAGCGCUACCAACGCCGCCGGCCGCUGCCUCACCGGCGACUGCGGCGGCCACCUCGUCUGCAACGGGUCCAUCGGCGCCCCGCCUGCCACGCUCGUGGAGGUGAACCUGCACGAGGACGAGAGCAAGGGGAGCUCCUACGACGUGAGCGUGGUGGACGGGUACAACCUCCCGGUGGCCGUGUGGACCAGGCCGGCGAACCGCAGCAGCAAGUGCUUCAUCGCCGGGUGCGCCAAGGACAUGAACGCGCUGUGCCCGCCGGAGCUGCAGGUGAGGACGAGCGGCGGCGGGAAGGGCAAGACGACGGUGGUGGCGUGCAGGAGCGCGUGCCUGGCGUUCGGGCUGGACGCCUUCUGCUGCCGCGGCGCGUACGGCACGGCGGAGACGUGCCGGGGCAGCGUCUACUCGCGCAUGUUCAGGGACGCCUGCCCUGGCUACUACAGCUACGCGUACGACCAGGCCGCCGUCGCGCCGCGCUGCUACGCGCCGGAAUACGUGGUCACUUUCUGCCCGUCCAGAUGGGGCGCCGCGCCUGAUCGUGUGGCCCAGCUUUGAUCUCUGUCGGGAGCAGCACGCCGCGCGCGCUCUUCCACUGCCACUAGCAAAACCAACUAAUAUCGCGUAUACCUGCGGCGUAUAUUUUUCGAUAAAAAGAAUAUAUUAAUAUUAAAAGAUA